AUGGUGCCGCGUCGCGCGCGGGACAUGCGCUGCUGGCGACGAUGGCGCGACGCCGCUCGUACUCGCUGGCCGCGGGGCGGCGCGGGCUGCAGCAGCAGCAGCAGCAGCAGCAGCAGCAGCAGCAGCAGCAGCUGCUGAAGCCGCCCAGGUGGAAGGAGCUGGUCGGCGCCGUGGCGCGCCGCCUCGCCGCGCUCAGGGGAAAUCGGGUGUCCGUGGUAGGCGACACCCGUACGUUAUGGGUGGGGGUGAGCGACCCCAAUGACCUGCCCUCCAAGUUUCCUCGCAACAGGAUCGUCACCAGCAAGUACACUGUAUGGAACUUCUUGCCCAAGAAUCUCUUCGAACAAUUCCGGAGAAUUGCCAACUUCUAUUUUCUCUGUAUGACCAUCAUUACUUUGUCCAUAGACAGCCCUGUGAGCGCGUGGACCACCAUCACGCCGCUGGCCUUCGUGAUCUUCGUGACGGCUCUGAAGCAGGGCUACGAGGACUGGCUGCGGCAUGGAGCCGACAGGGGCGUCAACAGAACCCUCGUCUCCGUCGUCCGCAACGGUAUUGUGCAGGAGGUGCGGUCCCAGGACGUGUGCGUGGGCGACCUGGUGCGGGUGACCUGCGACUCUGACGUGCCGUGCGACCUGGUGCUGCUGGCCUCCAGCGAGGGGGACGGCAAGUGCUACGUCACGACGGCCAACCUGGACGGCGAGACCAACCUCAAGACGCUCCUCUGCCCGCGCCUGCUGGACAGCUUCUCGAUCCCCGAGCAGCUGCCGACGCUGCGGGCGCAGAUCGAGUGCGAGCAGCCCACGGCCGACCUCUACAAGUUCUACGGCAAGCUGGAGAUCCUGGUGGAGAGGCGGGCGAGCGCCGGGCGGUCGUCCCUCGCGGGCACCCUCCGCCGCCACUGGCACUCGCUCCGCAGCAGCCUGUCGGCGGGGGGGCGGGUGCGGGAGCGACCCCCCCUGGCCGCGGCAGCCUUCUACGGCAACGGGGCGGCGUCGCCGCCGGCCGUGGAGGUGAAGACGGACGACGGGGGCCCCUCCCACCGUGUCGGCGUGAUCCCCGCGCGGACCAGUGUCCUGAGCGACGGCGGAGACGGGGUGAUGCACAUGGUGUGCGGCCUCGGCGUGGAGCUCAGGGACAAGGAGCCGGUCGACCGGGAGAGCGACCUGACGCUCGGCAGCGACGGCCUCUACCAGAUGAGCAUCGUGUCGAGCGUGAACAGCACGGCGACGGAGGGGGGGGAAGGGGAGAAGCCCGGAGGCUUCCUGGCCAAUGGCAGCUCCGUGCAGGCCAGGGCCAGCAAGCAGUCGGCCAAUGGUGUGGCCGCGUUCGGUCCCCCGGAGAUGGCGGCACCGCUCGGCACGGAAAACCUUCUCUUGAGAGGGGCCAGGCUCAAGAAUACCGAGUACAUCUAUGGCUGUGCUGUGUACACUGGUCAGGAGACAAAGCUAGCUCUCAACUCCAGGUUAACAAGCAACAAGUUCUCAACAGUGGAAAAAUCCAUUAAUGGUUUCCUGAUUUUCUUCAUGGGUCUACUGCUGAUUGAGACACUGAUCUGCCUGGGCCUUAAAUACUACACAGAGUUCCUCACAGCUUUUGCUAACGUUACCUAUCUUGGACCAUUUUCAACUAUCUCAGCUUGGAAUGUCAUCCAGGAUCUUCUGUCCUUCUUCAUCCUGUACAACUACAUUAUACCAAUAUCUCUGUAUGUCACCAUUGAGAUGCAGAAGUUCCUCGGCACACUGUUCUUCGAGUGGGACUCUGAGAUGUUCUGCAAGGAGACUGGGCAGUCGGCCAUAUGCAACACUUCUGAUCUCAACGAGGAGUUGGGCCAGGUGCAGUACCUGUUCACGGACAAGACGGGAACGCUGACGGAGAACAACAUGUGCUUCCGGCGGUGCUCCGUGGCGGGCGCGCCCUACCUGGAGGUCGGCGGGCAGCUGUUCCGGCUGCCCGCCAGCGGGGAGGACGCCAGGGGCACUCUGGUGGAGACCAUGACGACAGACCUGCAGAGCUUCCUGCUAGCACUUGCCCUGUGCCACACGGUGCAGCUGAGCGAGUCGUCGCGGCGUCUCAGCGCCAACAACAACUUCAUAGAGUCGCGCAGGCUGGACUACCAGGCCUCCAGCCCCGACGAGAAGGCUCUGGUGGAAGCGGCUGCCCGGUGUGGGGUGGUGUACCUUGGUGAGCGAGGGGACAACCUUUACGUCAGAGUCAACAACAAAGUUUGUUGCUACAAGAGACUGGCUGUGCUGGAGUUCACAUCAGACCGAAAGAGAAUGUCGAUUGCCGUGCAGGAUGACCAAGGUGACAUCUGGCUGUACUGCAAGGGAGCAGAAACGGCCAUCAUACCACUCACCGAGCAUGGUCCUGUAGACUCUACACUGCACCACGUUGGAGAAUUUGCCCUGAGAGGACUGCGCACAAUGGUGGUAGCUUGCCGGAAAAUGAGCCACCACGACUUUGCAAUGUACAUGAACAACAUAAACGUCGCGAGGCAAACCUUAUCGUCAAAGAGGGAAUCCGUGGUAGCCCACAGCUACGCGAAGAUGGAGUCUGGUCUCACGCUACUGGGGGCAACAGGAGUGGAGGACAAACUGCAAGAAGGCGUUCAAGAGACACUGGAAAGUCUUCGCGCGGCUGGCAUUAAGGUGUGGAUCCUGACGGGGGACAAGGUGGAGACGGCUGUCAACAUCUCGUACUCGUGCGGGCACUUCAAGGCGGGCACAGAGCAGCUGUUCCUGACCGACCACUCGAGCGACAGGACGUGCCUGGCCGCGCUCCAGUCGCACAGGAACCGCGUGCUGCAGGAGCCCCUGAGGCAGCACGGCCUGGUGGUGGACGGCCAGUCCCUGAAGCUGGCGCUCCAGUUGGACCCGGCGCUCUUCCGAGACGUGUGCAUGGCCUGCACGGCCGUCAUUUGCUGCCGCAUGUCGCCGCUGCAGAAGUGCGAGGUUGUGCGACUGGUCAAAGUGUCUGCUUCGAAGCCAAUUACUGCAGCCAUUGGGGACGGCGCCAAUGAUGUCUCCAUGAUCCAGGAAGCACACGUCGGCCUAGGAAUUAUGGGCAAAGAGGGAAGACAAGCGGUGAGCUGCUCAGACUUUGCGUUUGCACAGUUCCGGUUUUUGCGAAGAGUGCUACUUGUGCAUGGCCAUUGGUACUAUCUUCGUGUGUCGACUUUGGUGCUUUACUUCUUCUACAAGAAUAUUGUGUUCAUCACCCCGCAGCUGUUCUACAGCUUCUACAAUAACUUUUCAACUCAGGCCAUGUACAACAGCGUCUACCUCACCUUCUACAACGUGCUGUUCACGUCGCUGCCCGUCCUCAUCUACGGCCUGUUCGAGCAGGACCACAGCGACGAAGAGCUGCUCCGGUUCCCCCACCUCUACUCCGAGAUGGCCGGCAACGUGCUCAUGUCCUGGCCGAGCUUCUUCAAGUGGAUCUUCCUGGGAGUAUGGCAUGCUAUUCUGGUAUAUUUUAUGCCAUUAUGGUUGGUGACAAGUAAUGAUAUAAUCAGAAGCAAAGACUCUGGAGUGGACCUUUACAUGUUCGGCAAUAUCAUCUACCACUGUGUCAUCUGUGUUGUAAAUCUCAAGUUAUGGCUCCACAGUCACUAUUGGACACUGCUCUUCAUUGGCUCCGUUAUCAUCUCCAUCUUUGGUUUCAUCGCUCUAGCAACCAUCUAUUCUCUGUUCAAAGGCGCCAUGUACUGGGUGCAGCUGAACCUCAUGUCCUCCCUCACCUUCUGGCUGCUGACCGCGGUGGUGGUGGUGGCGUGCCUGGUGCCGGACGUCGUCUUCCCCUCGCUGCAGCUGCACAGCAACCGCAUGAGGCGCAUGUUCCGGAGGAGUUCUGCGCGACGGAGCAGAUGUGAUGACACCUAUCUGUGAAGAAGCAGAAGAAAGGUAUUCUUUGAAAAAAAGAUAAAGUUCUUUUUUUGCUCAGGUCUCUGGGCCCAUUGCAACCUCGUGACACAGUCCAGGAAUGAUUCGUUGCACUGUGUCUCUUCCAGCAUCCAAACUACGGCACAGUGAUAAAGUGCUCCAGAGUGGCUCUUUGUGAUAGCGUUAGUGCUAAACCUGUCAGCUAUCAAGAGGCGUACCAUGUGAUGAUACGAUCAUGAUAGGUCAUCGGUAGUACCACGUAGUGAGGGAGACCUGUGAAGGUGCAUAAAGGCCAUUCCAAGGGGCAGAGUUAAUUUCAGAGGCAGUCUCUUCGGAGCCCUCAAGUUUGUCUCUGCAUGAAGUGAUAAAAGUGAUAAUUUAAAAAUAAGUUAGGUGGUGACAAAUGUUCCUAAAACCAUCUUGAUGAUGGGUUGUGUGCAUGAACGUGUUGUUUUAAGAAAGAAUCUACAAGAUAACCACAUGAUGGUGUUAUUAAGGAAAAACCAUUUUUUUUUUACAUUUAUGAAGAUGGUGGACAAUUUUUACAAGACAUUUAAUUUUGACAAAUUUUCGUGUAUGCUGUACUUAAAGAAAUAUUUAAUUCUUAAAAAUGAACACAGAUAAUGUAAAUAUAAUUUACGAUGCUAUAUCUAGCUUAGUUUAGAACUUGUGAGCGAAAUAUUGUUUAUUUGUAGUUUCAGAAACAGUGGAAAAAAAAUGCCAAAGAAUAAGUUAAGAUGUCUAAACAAGUUAGACAUCACGCAAAUGCCACAAAGUCUAAAGGAAGCUAGAUUAAACCUGUACUUGCGAUAGACACACAACUGCUUAUGAAUCAGCAUUUUGGAUAGUGAUGACAAACACAACAAAAUGUAUGAAGAUCUUUCAGUAGUUAAACAAAGUAUAAUUGAACCAAGUUGGUUACUUUCUGUGCGGAAUAUUUUCUCAAGUAGCUAUAUUUAUAGUUUUUUUUCAAUAUUCAAAAGUUUAUACUUUUUUUUUUUUUAAAUUUCAUUGUUCAUUGAUGCUUUGUUAUAUGAAUGAGAAAAAGGUAUUGCCCAUACCCAUUCUUACAAAUAUUGCAUAAUGUAUAAGAAUAGUUGUUAUAAGAAAUUGUGUGUUUAUCAAUCGUAUAGACCAAAUUAAUAGAUAUAGGAUUCCUAUUCUCAUGAAUAUUAAAGCAUUUAUAGUUUUUUUACUUUACUGUCGGUAAAACUUAGUUAUUGUACACAUAAAGAAAAUGUUUUAAGGCACAUAGUUUAUCUACUUUCUAGUCAAUGUGCAGAGUGCAUGCAGCCUUAGUGGACAACAGGCACAUUAGUGAUAGCAAGCAGCAGUUGAAAACAUUACAGACACAAAAAUAAUUGUUUUUUCUUACAAUGUAAUCUGUGGUUUACAUAGUUAAAACAUAACUUUCACAACUAACAUGUAUUUGUUUUUUGUUAAAAAAAAAAAAAAACUUCUGAAACUGUAUUAGGCCUAAAUCAACACAUUAAGUUUCAUAUACAAUUAUCAAAAACUGAAUUUAUUGUUGAUACAGAAAAAGUUACUCGAUAUGUUACAUCAUUUUGUAGUAUGGCAUAAUUUUUGUAAUUGCAUGCAUGUUACAACUCUUACAACUAACUUUAAAAUACAUUUCCCUCUCUACCUCCAAAAAAUACAACAGUUAAAAAUAGCUUCGUUGACUAAGUUUAGCAAACUCAAAAUUAAUGUUUAGGAAAGGGGGGCAGUGGAGUGGUAAAAGAGUAUACCAUUAGGUGAUUAGGUUAUCAGUGUUACACAAUAACCAAUUAUAUUUUUAGGAAACAGAGUUUUGUAUAUAGUGAUAUCAAGAUCUUGUCUACAGUGGUAAUAUGAAAGUAAUAUGUACAGAAUGAUUCUAGUGCUUUCACAGUUAAGGAUGUCACUAUACCCCUUUUUUAUUUCUUGUUUUUCAUUCCAGAUAUAGUGAUUCUUUAAAACAUUUGUUAAUGGCAUUUAUUUUUAAGAAAAGAACAUGUGUCACAGUAAGGUGUAACUUGGCUCGUUGUUCACUCCUAGAAGUAAUUUAUGCUUUUCUUUCCGUCAAUGGUGAGGAGAAUAACGGAAUUGUAUAUUUAUCCUCCUUACCUCGUACUCCAAUGCAUUGUCAUGAAUCUCUUGAUGUAACAUGCAUUGAGCAUGUGUGUAUCCUAUAAAUGUAUCCUCUUGCUAUAAUGAAACAAUUCAAAAUCUUUUACGGUGAUAAAUAAGAGACAAUUGACCAGUCUUGGGUCCAUUCAAAGGCAGGGUGAAGAUUUUCUAGAGCUGUAGCAAACCGUAUGUAUUCGGUACUGAGUAACGGGUGCACCAUCCAGUAACGAGUAACGAAACGUUACACACGGCUGCAUUUCGUUACUCGCAUUUUUCGUAUGUUUUACGCAUGCGCGUACAUAUUCGAUGAAUUUACGUUACAAAGAACGAUGUUUGUUUAUUAAGUAAAGUAUAAUUUGGAAAUUCGUCCAAGUUUUUUACUGUUUAUUAAAGGUAUUGUGUGUGUAGACAAAGUUUGAGAUUGGAACAGAAACAACGUAAGAAAGUAUUUUUACAAAUUAGAAAUAUGUAUGUUUUUUUUUAUUUUAUUAUCGUGUAUUUUCACGUUUUUUUUUGGUUCUUAUCUUAAAAGAGAUAAUAUAAUAAAGCCGCUCUAAUGAGAUUUUAAAGAUACUUGGUUAAUAAAAACUGUUUAUUAUCAAAUAUUGUUAAUUGUUUAUAUUCUAUUUGUUAUUAUUUACACAACGUCAUACUGUAUGCAUACGCAAUACGACUCGAUUUGUUGUUGCAUGUUAUGCGGUAUCAGAAGUAACGAUACAAUAUUAACGAGUACUAAUUGUUAUAGUAACGAAUACAUACGGGUACACUUUUUUUCGUUAUUUUUACACCUCUAAGAUUUUCACACUAUGUUAGUGAGUCGUACCAGAUUUGUGCACAAUGUUAGUAAGUCAUACCAGAUUUCACAGAAUCGAAUCACGAAAACAUAAAUUAUCUCGUCAGUCAGUAUUUUAAUGUCAGUAUAAACGUUCACAGACAUAAAUCAAGUGAAACAUAACAAAUUAACAAAAACAACUUUUAAACAGCAUGGCAGGAGAGAGGAAUUUCACAAGAACAGAAAUCAUGGAUUCGUAAAAUUGUAAAUUGGAAUCGAAGAUGUGUGAAAUCAACCUAUCCCUGGUUAAAACUUUACUAAUGUCUUUGGCGCUGAAUUGUUGUACACAUAAUUAACUUAAAAUUUUAUUACUUUUCUGAUUCUGCAGCAUAAUUUAAAAAAAAAAACACGUUGCAGAUAUAUGAUUAAUUUAUUACUACAAAACCAGGCGUGAGGUACGUAUUUGUAAAAGAGUUUAAAUAACUGAAAAUUAGGGAUGGGUACAAUAAAAUUAUCAGUAUUUGAAGGAUUCUAUAUUCAAGGAAAAAGAUUUGAAGAAAAAUAUUAGAGGAAAUAAAGUAAAUUAAACCUUUGAAGUUUACUAUGUAAAUUUUUUUCAUACCCAUCGUGUUACUAUUCCCCAAGCUAGUAUACUUUUAACAUAUUACAUAAAUAAAAUUACAACAAUAGGUAUUCAUUCUGAAAAUUUAGUUCACGAAACAAACAUUUAAACAUUUAAAGGGUUAAAUGUUUUCAACACCAUAGUUAAUAAUUUUCAUGUGUUGUACAUUAUUUUAUUUUGGACCCUUGAGACCUGGAUUCGGAUUCGAGGAUAUUGGGAUUUGACCCAUUACUACUGAAAAUAAUACUGAUUUAAAUUUUAUCUUCAUAGUCUGAGUGGUACAUUUCAUUAAGAAAGUGCAUUUUAUGAACCUGUAGCCCUUCAACGUUACAUUAUUUGAAAGUAGAGCUGGGCAGCUAGGGAAGUUAGGUUUGUAAAAAUUUUGAAUUGGGGGAAAAUAAAAAUUCCCCACGGGAAAUGGGAGAGGAUUGGGAAUAGUUUGAGGUUUACAAAUUCAGAAAUUUUUUUUAAUCCUACAAAGUAAAAGUGUCAUUUUUGUUAUGGUGGCCCAAAUCUACUGAUAGUGUAUGUUUAGAGACAUAACUUUUCACGAACUGCAGUUACCACGAAACAAUGUGAAAUAAGUUCAAAAUUAUAACAACCAUGAAAUAUUAAAAAAAAAAAAAAAAAAAAAAAAAAAAAAA